AUGGCCACCAAACCCGCCAAGAAGGACGAUGCCUCGGCGUCGUCCCAGGUAGUUUCCAAGUCUGCCCCGAAGAAGGAGCUCUACCCCAUGGUCAACUGGAAGUACGACCUGUUCCUCUACAGCGUCGGCAACAUUGUCGACAUGUUCUUCCGCGAGGUCGUGCCCCGGGGCGCCUGGCGCGUUCCGCAAACUGGUCCGGUGCUCUUCGUCGCGGCGCCUCAUGCCAAUCAGUUCGUCGAUGCCCUCAUCCUCCAACGCACGCUCCGCAACGAGGCCACCCGCCGAGUCUCCCUCCUGAUCGCCCAGAAAUCCGUCCAUGGCUUCAUCGGUUGGGGUUCUCGCCAGGUCGGCGCCGUGCCCGUCGGCCGCGCCCAGGACUCGGCGAAGCCCGCCACUGGCACCAUCUACCUCCCCGACCCGAUCAACGACCCGACUCUGAUCCGCGGUGUCGGUACCAAGUUCGGCGAGGGCGAGGGUCAGAUCCAGGGCAUGCUGUUCCUCCCCCCCGGCAAGAAAACGACCGGCGCCAGCGUCGACAUCGCCCAGAUCAUCAGCCCCGAGGAGAUCCGCGUCAAGCGACCUUUCAAGGGAAAGUUGGCGAUGCAACAACUAACCGGCCGCGACGACAUCGAUAACGAGGGCAACUUCACCAACAAGGACGUCAAGGGCCCGGCCCCGGACUACAAGGGCACCAAGUACAAGCUGGCCCCUCAUAUCGAUCAGACCAAAGUCUACGAAGCCGUCUUCUCCCGUUUGCGCAACGGCGGCUGCGUCGGAAUCUUCCCAGAGGGUGGUAGCCACGAUCGCACCGAGCUUCUCCCCCUCAAGGCUGGUGUUGCCAUCAUGGCGCUAGGCACCCUUGCUGAGGAUCCCGACUGUGGCCUCAAAAUCGUUCCCGUGGGUAUGAACUACUUCCAUGCCCACAAGUUCCGAUCGCGCGCCGUCGUCGAGUUCGGUGCUCCCUUCGAGAUCCCCCGACAUCUCGUCGAGCUUUACCGCAACAACCAGCGUCGGGAAGCCAUCGGUCAGGUGCUCGACACCGUGUACCAGGCCCUCAGCUCUGUCACUGUGUCGGCCCCUAACUACGAUAACCUAAUGAUGAUUCAGGCGGCACGCCGCCUCUACAACCCUACCGGCAAGAAAUUGCCACUACCGGUUGUGGUUGAACUCAACCGACGACUAUCAAUGGGCUAUGAGCGAUACAAGGACGACGAGCGAAUCACGUCGCUAUCCACGGCAGUCAAGGAGUACAACUCGCAAUUGCACUACCUUAACCUGAAAGACCACCAGGUUCAGUAUGCCCGCAUGUCCCUCAUCAAGGUCAUCAUCUUCUCCAUCUACCGUUCCGUUAAGCUUCUUUUCCUCUUCAUAUGUACAGUGCCGGGCCUGCUCUUGUUCUCGCCCGUCUUCGUUGCCACAAAGGUCAUCAGCCGGCAGAAGGCCAAGACUGCUCUCGCAGGCUCGACGGUCAAGAUCCGAGGCCGCGAUGUGAUGGCGACGUGGAAGAUCCUGGUUGCGAUAGGUGUUGCACCCAUGCUCUACCACUUCUACUCGAUCCUCCUUGUCCUCAAGGUAUGGCACGACCGACUCUGGGGCCACGUUCCCGAGUGGGUGCCGUUGUGGACCAUGUACUUUGCCAUCUGGCCGGUUAUGGUCGGCAUCACAUUUGCGGCGCUGCGUUUCGGCGAGGUGGGUAUGGACAUCUUCAAGUCGCUACGGCCGCUGGUACUGUGCCUGCAGCCGUCGUCGAGCUACAACAUCCAGACGCUGCGUAUCAGGCGAGCGGAGCUGAGCGCGCAGGUGACGGAUCUGAUCAACACACUGGGCCCGGAGAUGUUCCCCGACUUUGACAAGGCACGCCUGGUACCCGACAUCCUUAAGAUGGAAUCGGGUGGCUCGCAGCCAACGUCACCUGAGGCGCGCCGACGCCGCGAUAGCGACCAAUCAAGUACCGGGUUCGAGGCUGAGACGCCACCGGCUCUGUCUCGACGAAGCACGACUCAAUCCAGUCGGAAUCUGCCUCGCAACGACUCGUUCAGCAACAUUGGACGAGUGGGUAUCUUCUCGACACGACCACCAUCUCGUGCGCGCAGCCGGUCACGGUCGAGCAGCAGCGGAGGCGGCUUCGGGUCGGGCGGGUUCCCCAUCAGCGGGUUCACGACGCUGGACUCUGCAGGUGGAUUCGAUGAGGCGAGCCGCAAGAUUCGGGAGGCGAUGAAGACGCGAAGACGCAAGACUCAAGGAGAGGAAGCACAGGAGGAGGAGGAAGACAGCGAAGAGGAGGAAUACCAGGAGGCGAGGAAGAAGAAUAUGUGA